UUCUGCGGUUUGUGGCAGUUUAUGUACAAAUUGGACGCAAAUUAGCGUUGCGAGCAGACCUUUUCCGCCAGCUGCGCUAAACAACGCUCUUAACAUUCACGUGACGUCACUCACAAGGUGUGACGUAUAUGGCACAACACCAGAGGGAUAUCAUCCAUUCUCUUACCGUUUCUCGGUUCGUCAACAUGAACACGAUUCUCCUCAGUCUGAUAACCGUCAUCUCCGUCGGUUCCACUCAACAGCAACCUUGCAACCAGUUGAAAAUGGAUGAGCUGAGGAGACAACUUGGUGUCACUAGAAGUACCACCAUGAUGGAUGUCAUUUCCUACUUUGACCGGGGCCUUGCUCGAAAUCUAGCCGAGAACGACUUUUUUCAACAUUCCAAUCGGAGUCCUGUCUCUAGUUGGCCCCUUCUCAAUAUAAAAUGUUAUCGGAAUUUGAAGAGGACCGACUUGGUAUUAUCGUCUGUUUACUCUCCGAGUCUCGAUGUCAUUCCGAUGCUCAUGAAUAUAACCAGUGUUCGAUCUCUGAUUAAGAUCGCUGUCGUACGAGGCGAUAUAUUCAAGAAGGAUGCCGAUUUGAAGUUAGUCGUUCGACGGUGUGAUAUCCGAGGCGUCUGGGCAGUCGGCGGUGUAUCCAUUGGAGUCAAAAUCCGGAAGGGAGAUAAUGGAGUGAUGUAUGUGUCGGGGUUGUUUUAUAAUCCGAUUAUACAGAUCAAGCCAUUCGUCGAGUCGCUUGCUGGGAAGGACGUUGUCCCAUUGAACAUCGAGUCUAUUGCAUUUCCUGGUAGUGAUGUCAACUUUUCGUUGAAUGAUGCGCGUCUAAGCGGAUUGUAUACCGAGUCUCGUGGAUAUGCGAUCACACUGUACGGUCGCCCGUCAUUCAAAGGACCUCGUGACAUAAAAAUUCUGUUGCAACGCGACGCUCGCUCGCAACGGACUGUGUUUGCACUGACUGCUGGUUAUUCGUCUGUCUCUCUAUCGAAACUCGUACAUCAACUGUCUGGUAUUAAUACAUCGGCCGUUCCUGUUAUUGGACUGCUGACCCCGGAACAUAGUAAAGUUAUGAUAGCGACUGAUGAUGUAGUCGAUGUGUUUAUGCCACAGGACGAUGGCGAAUUGGCACAAAUAUUUGGUGGACGGCUGUUGAAGGGAACAAGUAUUGGAACCAGCCUGAGCAACUUGAGUCCACAGAACAGUUCUGAACAAUAUGUCAUUCGUCUUGGUACACACACGGUGACAUUUACGACUUCCGGUGUUGGAGUCCCAAUGUGUGACCUAUUGAAGUCACUACAACCCGGUUUCGAUGUUAGCCACUUGUCGUUACCGCAUGGAAUUCCAAACCUACUCACACGUCCUGUUACGAGUUUCUUUUACGAUGCAGAGAAAUCGGCGAUCGGUGCGAAUAUCGAUUUGGAUGAUUUAUAUCAGAGGGCAUUUAAUAUCAAUUGGGUUACUUUGAAUUUUCAUAAAGGCGUGGUUACUCUAGUGAAUCAGCAAGGCAUCGAUGCAGCUCAUUUUGACCUUCACGCUGACAUCCAUAUUGGUACUGUUGGAGGACACGAGGCAAUAGGACACGGAACAUUGACAAUCUCUUCAUCACCAUCACUACAUUCUGCACAUUUCUCGGCCAUCACUCACACGACAGUGCAAGGCGUUGUCGAUGCAUUUGGUUUGAAGGUUUAUCUUCCAGUGUCACUUUUGGAAGCCACUUUUCCGGGUGGGUUGUCACUCGUGUUUUCAGUGACGCAAGAAACUGUGAUACAUACUAUCGCACCUCCAGGCGGACUCAAGCUGCAAGGCACCAUGAACAUCAUCGGAUACACAUUACCAGUCUCUAUUACAGACAUCAAUCCUAUAACUGGUUUUAAUAUUGAUCUAGUCAUGGUGCCCAUCAGUUUGGACAGAGGCUUGUUUCGAUUCAAUAGGGCAGAACACGAAGCUCUCAGUGGCCCGCGAUUUCACUGCAAUGUAGACCAACGUUCUGAUCUCGUGCAAAUGAGAAUGGACGGUCACGUGUCUCUAUUGGGAAGGAUCUCACAGCCUGCGACGCUGCACGUAACGACUACUCAAUACAUCAUGCACGUUAGUACGACGAUUUUCCACCAUCGUACUCCGUUGACAUUCUAUGCCUCGUAUGGCCCUCUCCCGUCAACCACAUUUCAAGUGUAUGGUAAACUGCCAACUAACACGAUUUCAGAUAUCACAACUAAAGUCGUGGGAUUGAUCACCGCUGCUGCUCAAAAUGCGACAGAAGCUCAUGCUGUUGUUCAGUCUCGGGCACAUGCUCUAUCAGUUGCGCAGACACGAUUUGAUCAACUAGUCAAACGACUCAAUCUCCACAAGAAGAAUUCGCUCAAACUAAAAGCGGGUUACUCGAGUGCACUCGCCGAGCUAACCGAUGCUCAACGUAAGAAAGAAGAAGCGUGCAGUAACAUCUCUGAUAUCUGUGAAUCAAUCUGUCAGCCUUGUUACAAUUGGAAUUGUUGCAUUCGAACGAAACCGGAAUAUGAAGGCUGUACCAAAUGCCUCAGGCGCGAUAAAUGCUGCUCUAAACAUCUGGAUCCAGUAUGCGCUCGUGUCUGUAAUACAGCAAGUAAUAACACCGAAUCCCGAGAGCAUGCUAAAAACGUCGCAAGAAACAAGCUCGAUAAAUCAACCGAAAUCGAAAAGGCAACUGCUAACGAAGUGGGGGCACACAAUGCUACACUUCGUAUGAUGAAAGAUGCUCUGAGGAAAGCAGAGGCUGCAACAUCUAAAGUAGGAACGACGGCUGCCACUGUGCUCACUGAAAUGGGUACCGGUCGACUGAUUGUGAUAAGAAAAAUCGAGUUUGAUGUUCCGAUCGCGAUGGCGGCCGCUGGGAAAUUUCCUGGUACAGUAAAGGCGAGCGUUCUGGGAAACGACUACCAUACGUUUGCGAUUACUAUUGAUCUGGAGAGUGUGGAGGUAAUGGUGGAUGGCCUGGCAGAGAAGGUAUUUCCAGGAAUCACGGCAAUCGGUCAGUAAUCGACUUGAGGGUAUUGACACUUGAGGUUAGAAAAGGUUAUACAUGUACGACUGACAUGAUAUUUACAGUGGAUCUUGUUAUCACGUAGUAGACAUACAACAGAUAUCUAUAUCUAUAUCUAUAUAUGUAGUAGCAUGUUUGGUUGCUUAGAUGUCAUCUCUUCGGAUGAGAGUUGAACUCAUGUCUUUAUAUUUCAACA